GACUAAGAAUGCUGAGAGCGCCAUCCACCCCGCACCUGCAAACACAUACUCGCCCCACUCCUCCACCUCGGACACCUUCCCUUCCAUCUGCACACGCAACUCCUGGUCUGGCCGGAUGAGUUACCACCCGGUGGACACGAUAGGGAGUCCAUUCAGGAGAAGUAUGGAUAGUAGGACCACCUACGGCCGCUCCACUGGCACACCCUCCAGCGGGUUCCGUUCUCAGUCCUGGUCCCGGGCAAGCCCAGGCUCCACGAUGACCUCCUCCUACAAGAGGAGCGUCAAUGUGCCGGUAGCCAGAGCGUACAGCUCCACACUCCUCAGCUCCGCCGACAGCGUUGAUUUCAAUCAAACGAACGGAGACUACAAGCGCUCCAACGAGAAAGAGCAGCUCCAGGGGCUCAACGACCGCUUCGCCGGUUACAUCGACAAGGUGCACUACCUGGAGCAGCAGAACAGCCAGAUCGAAGAGGAGAUCCAGACGCUGCGGCAGAAGCAGGUGUCACAAUCCCAGCUAGGCGAUUUAUACGACCAGGAACUCCAGGAGCUGCGCUCCAUGCUGGAGCAGAUUCACCACGAUAAAGCGCAGAUCCAGCUCGACACGGACCACGUCGAGGAUGACAUCCAGAGAAUUAGGGACCGCUUCGAUGAGGAAGCCCGCAUCAGGGAUGAGACGGAAGGCAUCAUCCGGGCGUUGAAAAAAGAUAUGACCGACUCUGAUUUGGUGAAGUCAGAGUUGGAGAAGAAAGUUCAGUCACUGCAUGACGAGAUUGCCUUUAUCCGCAACAACCACGAAGAAGAGGUGAGCGACCUGUUCGCCCAGGUGCAGGCGUCGCAGGUGACCAUGGAGAGGAAAGACAUCCAGAAGACGGACAUCACCGAGGCGCUCCGGGAGAUCCGCACCCAGCUCGAGGGCCACUCUAACCAGAACCUGCAGCAGGUGGAGGACUGGUUCAUGUGCCGCUAUUCCAAGCUCACUGAUGCUGCGGCACAAAACAAAGAUGCAAUCAAGUCCGCCCGUGAUGAGAUAGCAGACUACCGUCGCCAGCUUCAGUCCAAGACCGUGGAGUUAGAGUCCGUCCGUGGAACCAGGGAGUCACUGGAGAGGCAGUUGAAUGACAUCGAGGACCGACACAGCAGCGACUUGUCCAGCCUGCAGGAGACCAUCCACCAGCUGGAUAAUGAGCUUAAGGGCACGAAGUGGGAGAUGGCGCGUCAUCUGCGUGAGUACCAGGACCUGCUCAAUGUCAAGAUGGCCCUCGACAUUGAGAUUGCUGCAUACAGGAAACUCCUAGAAGGUGAAGAGACCCACUUUAGCACUUUCCCCUACCGCCACACCGUCACCUCCUCUAAGAAGUCCAAGUAUGAGCCUCCCAAACUGAAAGUCCAGCAUAAGUUUGUAGAGGAGAUCAUCGAGGAGACCAGGGUAGAGGAUGAGAAGGAUGAGAUGGACCAGGCCCUGGCUGAGAUGGCCCAGGAGUUUUCUGCCACUCUGGAGGCAGAGGCAACAGAUGAAGGAGAGGAUGAGGGAGAAGAGGGAGGAGAAGAAGCAGAGGGAGAAGGGGGAGAGGGUGAAUCAGAAGAGGUUGUAGCCUCCACUGAAGCCCAAGUUAGCUCCAGCACACCUGCUGAGGAGGAAGAGGAGGACAAAGAAGGUGAUGAUGAAGAGGAAGAGGGAGAAAAAGAAGAAGAGGGUGAGAAAGGAGAAGAGGGUGAGGGUGAGAAGGGAGAUGAGGGAGAAGGAGAGGGGGAAUUAGAGGAGACAGUCCUGUGCUCUAAAGCCCCAGAAUCAAAGGCCUCUCCUGACAAAGAGAAGGCUGGAGAGAAGGAGGGAAGCAGUGGAGAAGAGGAGACAGGAGAGGGAGAGGGAGAAGAGGAGGGUGAUGAUCAAGAUGAAGAUGCAGGUAGUGACAAAGGAUCCAAAGAUGGAGAUGAUAAGGAUGAGGAAGAUGAGAAGAAAGGAAAGGAUGAGAAAGAAUACAAAACAGAUGAGAAGGCAGCUGUAGCCAAGACAGAGGCUCCCAAAACAGAAGCCCCCAAGAGUGAGGCCCCAAAAGUUGAGGUCCAGAAAUCUGAGACCUCAAAGCCCUCCAAGCCAGACUCCCUAAAAGCUGAAUCCCCAAAGGCUGGGUCCCCCAAGUCUGAGUCACCAAAAGUUGGAUCCCCAAAACAUGAAUCUCCCAAAGCUGUAACCCCCAAAUCUGAAUCCCCAAAACCUGCUGGAUCCCCCAAAUCUGAAUCCCCAAAACCUGCUGGAUCCCCCAAAUCUGAAUCCCCAAAACCUGCUGGAUCCCCCAAAUCUGAAUCCCCAAAACCUGCUGGAUCCCCAAAAUCUGAAUCCCCAAAACCUUCUGGAUCCCCUAAAUCUGAAUCACCAAAACCUGCUGGAUCCCCUAAAUCUGAAUCCCCAAAACUUGCUGGAUCCCCUAAAUCUGAAUCCCCAAAACCUGCUGGAUCCCCUACUUCUGAAUCCCCAAAACCUGCUGGAUCCCCUAAAUCUGCUGGCUCCCCCAAAUCUGAAUCCCCAAAACCUACUGGAUCCCCCAAAUCUGAAUCCCCAAAACCUGCUGGAUCCCCCAAAUCUGAAUCCCCAAAACCUUCUGGAUCCCCCAAAUCUGAAUCCCCAAAACCUUCUGGAUCCCCUAAAUCUGAAUCCCCAAAACCUGCUGGAUCCCCUAAAUCUGAAUCCCCAAAACUUGCUGGCUCCCCCAAAUCUGAAUCCCCAAAACCUGCUGGAUCCCCCAAAUCUGAAUCCCCAAAACCUGCUGGAUCCCCCAAAUCUGAAUCCCCAAAACCUGCUGGAUCCCCCAAAUCUGAAUCCCCAAAACCUGCUGGAUCCCCCAAAUCUGAAUCCCCAAAACCUUCUGGAUCCCCUAAAUCUGAAUCACCAAAACCUGCUGGAUCCCCUAAAUCUGAAUCCCCAAAACUUGCUGGAUCCCCUAAAUCUGAAUCCCCAAAACCUGCUGGAUCCCCUACUUCUGAAUCCCCAAAACCUGCUGGAUCCCCUAAAUCUGCUGGCUCCCCCAAAUCUGAAUCCCCAAAACCUGCUGGAUCCCCCAAAUCUGAAUCCCCAAAACCUGCUGGAUCCCCCAAAUCUGAAUCCCCAAAACCUUCUGGAUCCCCCAAAUCUGAAUCCCCAAAACCUUCUGGAUCCCCUAAAUCUGAAUCCCCAAAACCUGCUGGAUCCCCUAAAUCUGAAUCCCCAAAACUUGCUGGAUCCCCUAAAUCUGAAUCCCCAAAACCUGCUGGAUCCCCUACUUCUGAAUUCCCCAAAUCUGCUGGAUCCCCUCAAUCUGAAUCCCCAAAACCUGCUGGAUCCCCUACUUCUGAAUCCCCAAAACCUGCUGGAUCCCCUAAAUCUGAAUCCCCAAAACCUGCUGGCUCCCCCAAAUCGGAAUCCCCAAAACCUACAGUAUCCCCCAAAUCUGAAUCCCCCAAUUUAGGAUCCCCCGAGGCAGAGGGUGAGAAAGGAGAAGAGGGUGAGGGUGAGAAGGGAGAUGAUGCCCCCAAACCAGAAGCUCCAAUGUCAGAGGCCCCCACGGCUGCAGAAGAGAAAGUAGACAAAAAUAGUGAUUCAGAGGAAGAGAGGAAGGUAGAAAAGAAAGACGCAGCCAUGAACGGAGAUGUGGAGAAGAUUACCCCAGAGGACAAGGACAAGAAGGAUGAGGGUGGGAAAGAGGCAGAGGAGAAGGAUGUUAUCUCAAAUGGAGUGGACGAGAGCCCCACUAAAGAUGACCCGGACCAGAAAGAUGAUCCAAAGGACCAGAAGGUGGUCAUCACCAAAACGGUGGAGACCAUUACCACUGGAGAGGAUGGAGCCAAGCAUGUCACCAAAUCUGUCACUGUCACCGAGACUGUGAAGGAGUCUGAGGAUGUGAUGCAGGAGAAGACAGUCUCCAGCAAGAAGAUGGAGAAACACUCUUCCCAGUCCGUCAAGGUGGUGACUGAAACUGAGUAACUGCGCUCCAUCCAACCCACUCAGGAGGAACAAAGAUGACACGACAACAAGCAAUCAACCCAGAACUAACAUAACAAAGAAAUCAUAGUGCUAGAGCGAUGUAAUAAAGAGAACCACUCUCAAACAUCCAGAAAAGCAACGAGAGAAGCCAUAUGAUGUGACAAAGCUAACGUUUAAAAAAUGCAUGUUGAGAGAAAGCUUUAAAUGGGUUUUGCUGCAGAUUAUAUCAGGAAAAUGUGAUAGUGGGACAGAUUAUUAAUUGUCUUUAUGUUUCCCUGCAGUUCACGGGAGGGCUCACGGGUGGGGGCGUCUGCAUGCUAGCUCAGGGAGGGAGACCCCUCCGCUCUAACCUGUAUGUAUGGAUGGAAGGUGUACAGUUUAGAUACUGUAUGUGGGUGGGAGAGUGAUAGAAAUGUAUGUUCAUUCAAAUGUUAAUUCAAAAAGGGGUGCCUGGGUUGGACGGUCCACUUUAGAGACACAUGUUCAAAAGGACUAGCCUUUUUAUGUGAAGAUACCAACUGAGCCAAAAAUGCAAUCGUCUACAACACAAUAUAGUGAAGAAUGAGAAAGACAAUGGUGCAAUGUACUGAUGAUCAUAAACAUACAGUACCCGAAGCAACUAAAGCAUUAAGAACCUUGAAGAAACUCUGAGCCUUAAACAUGCUUUUUAUCAGUAUCUAUUGUGUUUACCUAAUGAGUGCAAUUGAAAAUAAAUAUGUAAAUGCGCACACAUACAUUCUUGUAUGCAUAGGAUGGACUUGAAUUUAAAUAGCGAACUUAAAUGAGGUGCUACAGUUUGCAAUCCCAUGUCUUUACUCAUCAUGAACUAUUUCCCAGCAGCAUUUGCUCAAUAAAUGUCAUACUGAAAUACAAA